AUGGGCAGCAACAAGCGUCGCGCACUGCGCCGCAUGGAGUCGCGGCGGCUGGCUGCAGCCGAGCUGGGACUGAACUCCGACGAGGAGGAAGAGGAGGUUGUUGCAGCGCAUGGCGGCAUCGAGCAGAUCGAAGAGGCUCGCGCAGCCGGCAUGCCGGAGCCAAGCAACACUCCUCACGCCAUCAACGAGGACCACGCGAUGCUCGACGGAGCAGCGCACCAGCAGCAGCAGCAGCAGCAGCAGCAGCAGCAGCAGCAGCAGCAGCAGCAGCAGCAGCAGCAGCAGCAGCAGCAGCAGCAGCAGCAGCGCAAACGCAAGGCGCCUCUCGGUCCGAUGAGCCUCUGCAACGAUGCCUUCACCCACCGCAUCGGACAGCGUGCAAAGCAAGAUUGGACAAGAGAGCAAAGGAUCGACUUGCUCCGCGAGCUGGCAGAUUUGAAGGCAGACAAGUCCCGGCUGCUGCGCGAGCUCAGCGAGGCAAACGCGCACGCGCAACAGCAGCACCAGGAGGCCAGCAAGUACCGCAACAAGUACGAUGCCCUCAAAGGACCCUACAACGACUUGCUGGCCAAGCAUCGCCGAGUUACCGGCGGAGCGCCGCAGCCGCUGCCGCAGGCGCAGCUGCAGGCAAGCCAGCAUCAGGAGCUGCCCCGGCCACGCCACGCGCCGGCGCCGCUCUCGCCUCGCCAGCAGCAACACUCACGCCAGCUCAAGCAGCAGCGCCAGGGGGAGCGCCAGUGGGAGCACCAGCCAGGAUCAGUCGAGGGACCGCACGCCCUGAUCCAGCUGAUCGAGCGUCCGGAUUCGUCGUCGGCGCAGCCCGACGGCACCGCUUCUGCUCAGCCGCUCAACAUCGGCUCCUCCUCGACGCGUCGCUGA